GCCCCCGUUGCCCAGCGCGGGCGCCGGGGUGCGGGGUGCGGGGUGGGGGGCGGAGCUCGGAGCCGAGGGGAGACCCGGCGUCGGCGGCUCGGAGCCGCGCGAGGUUGCGGGGGUCGAUCUCCGCGGGACCCGCUGCGCCGCGGCCCCGAGGCGGCGACAUGAGCGCCGCGGGGCUGCUGGCUCCGGCGCCCGCUCCGGCUGCAGCGCCGGCCGCCCCGGAGUACUACCCGGAGGACGACGAAGAGCUGGAGAGCGCCGAGGACGACGAGCGCAGCUGCCGGGGCCGAGAGUCGGACGAAGACACCGAGGAUGCCAGCGAGACCGACCUGGCGAAGCACGAUGAGGAAGACUAUGUGGAGAUGAAGGAACAGAUGUAUCAGGACAAACUGGCAUCUUUGAAGAGGCAGCUGCAGCAGCUGCAGGAAGGUACGCUACAGGAGUAUCAGAAGCGGAUGAAGAAGCUGGAUCAGCAGUACAGGGAAAGGAUCCGGAACGCAGAGCUCUUCCUGCAGCUGGAAACGGAACAGGUGGAGAGGAAUUACAUUAAAGAGAAGAAGGCGGCUGUGAAGGAGUUUGAAGACAAGAAGGUGGAACUGAAGGAGAACCUAAUUGCCGAGCUGGAGGAGAAGAAGAAGAUGAUCGAGAAUGAGAAACUCACGAUGGAGCUGACCGGAGAUUCUAUGGAGGUGAAACCCAUCAUGACCAGAAAAUUGCGGAGGCGACCAAACGAUCCUGUCCCCAUUCCAGACAAGAGGAGAAAACCGGCUCCUGCUCAACUAAACUACUUGUUAACAGACGAGCAGAUCAUGGAGGACCUGAGAACGCUGAACAAGCUUAAGUCACCCAAGAGACCAGCUUCCCCAUCUUCUCCUGAACACUUGCCUGCCACACCUGCAGAGUCUCCAGCCCAGAGGUUUGAGGCUCGGAUAGAAGAUGGCAAACUGUACUAUGAUAAGAGAUGGUACCACAAGAGCCAGGCCAUCUACCUGGAAUCUAAGGACAACCAGAAACUGAGCUGUGUGAUCAGUUCAGUGGGUGCCAACGAGAUCUGGGUGAGGAAGACCAGCGACAGCACCAAGAUGCGGAUCUACGUGGGCCAGCUGCAGCGUGGGCUCUUCGUGAUCCGCCGGCGAAAAUUCUUAACUUACCGGGACUAGCUCCUUGGCCUGGGACAUGGGGAGCACUGUGGAGUCUUCAGGGCGCUCACAUGGCUGCCACCUCCAUCUCUGAGCCGCUCUUUCCUGCCUCGGCCUCUUCCAGAACUCAGUCACCAGAGAGACUCUUGCUUUCGGAGUAGUGGGGUUCACCCAGCUUCCUUGAAUUCCUCUCUUGUCUUGUUGUUUAUACUUGAUCCUUUUUUCAGACCUCCUUUGAGUUUGAAGGGAAGCUCGUUUUAACAAUUGUCUUUAGGCCUUUGAAGAGCAGUGGGUAUGCUUUCCCGCCUAAUCCGUUGGGCAGAUUGUGUGCCUGCUUCCCGAGUUGGGCCCUGAAACGUGGGGCAGGGUUCUCCUGGCUCCGUUUUCUUGGAGAAAUAAAUGAUAUAGAACAUC